GUCAGUUGCCAUCGUGUGUUCACUCGUGUAGCAUCGCUUCCCUGGAACACCCUCGCACCAUGAAGACUUUCGUGUUUCUCUACGUGUUAGCCACAGGCCUGGCCGUGCGCACGCCGUCGAUCAGCUGGAUCACGAAGGAGCAGGUGGUGGACAUCGGGUCGAGCGUGCAGCUGGAGUGCUCCGUGCAGUACGCGCAGGACUACCCCGUGCUGUGGGUCAAGCGCGGAACCCAGGGCGUGCAGGACCUGCCCAUCUCGAACGGCCCGUCGCUCAUCCUCAGGGACUCCAGGUACUCCCUCAGGCACGACGAAGGCUCGGCCACCUACAUCCUGCAGAUCAAGGACAUCCAGGAGAGCGACGGAGGAGAGUACAUGUGUCAGGUGCUCAUCGGCAUCAACAACCGCAUCACGGCCAACGUGGACCUGCUGGUGCGCCGCCCGCCCGUCAUCUCCGACAACUCCACCAGGUCCGUGGUGGCGAGCGAAAACGAGAGCGUCGAACUGUCCUGCUACGCCGGAGGAAUGCCCAUCCCUGACAUCUCCUGGAGGAGGGAAAACAAUGCUAUCCUGCCCACUGGGGGGUCCAUCUACAGAGGCAACGUGCUCCAGAUCGCCAACAUCCGGAAGGAGGACCGAGGUACUUACUACUGCAUCGCCGAGAACCAGGUGGGACGCGGCGCCCGCAGGAACAUCAACGUGGAGGUCGAGUUCGCGCCCGUCGUCAAGGCCACGCGCCCCAGGGUCUAUCAGGCUCUCCAAUACGACAUGGACCUCGAGUGCCACGUUGAGGCCUACCCCCCCGCGGCCAUCACCUGGAUCCACAAGCAGGAGGCCAUCGUCAAUAACCAGCAUUACAGGGUGUCCCAGUUCGCCACGGCCGACGAGUACACAGACACGACCCUCCGCGUGCUGAGUAUCGAGAAGAGGCAGUUCGGCAACUACACCUGCAUGGCCACUAACAAGCUCGGUCAGUCCAACGCCAGAGUAGAGCUCAUCGAGACCACCACGCCCGUGUGCCCGCCCGCGUGUGGCACCCUCACCUACUCUGCCGCCCACACGCCCUCGCCUUCCGCCCUGGCCAUCCUCGCUCUCUUUGCUGCUAUCUUCCUGAGGAUCUAAGGAGAGCACGUGGUCCCGAACAUCAGGUACCCCGGCGUCCUGCUCUACACCACCGGCGGCGCAGGGGGGGGAGCCGCCUCGACCCUGUCUUCGAGGACGAGCUCUUCGGGAGUCGCCGUCAUCGUCCUGCUUGGCGUCCUGGCCUUGAGAUUGGGGGUUUGAUUGGGGCUCGAUUGGGGGGUUUG